CUUCCGCCGGAGUCUUAUUGUCCUAGUGGAGUCGCCGUAGCACUUCCGCCGCACGCAGUCACGUGGAGCCGAGCAAAGUGAAGACUUUUCGACUCGCAACACGAAUAAAGUCACUCCAAGAUGACUCAGUCCGACGGUAUCGUAAAACCCAAGUUAAAACGCACUAAGCGCUUCCUGGAGAGGCGAGCGCCCAAACUGUGUGAGGACGGUAAGAGCGCCAUGAUCAUGAAAGGAGGAAACUGCAGUCAAAGUGUCAGCCAGGCACUCAAGGACAUCUAUUCCUUGAAAAAACCCAAUGCUGUGCUUUACAAAAAGAAGAACAUCACUCGGCCAUUUGAGGACUCCACGUCCCUGGAAUUCUUCUCCAAAAAGACCGACUGCUCUCUGUUUCUUUUUGGUUCCCACAACAAGAAACGACCCAAUAACCUCAUAUUUGGUCGCUUGUUUGACUUCCACGUGCUGGAUAUGAUUGAACUGGGGAUCGAGAAGUUUGUCUCCCUGAGUGAGAUAAAGUCCAACACCUGUCCCGAGGGAACCAAACCCAUGCUGGUCUUUGCCGGCGAGGCUUUCGAUUUGGACAACGAGCACAAGCGCCUAAAGAGUCUGUUCACCGACUUCUUCAGGGGUCCUACUGUGCCCGCGGUGCGGCUGGCAGGUUUGGAACAUGUCCUGCACUUCACCGCCCUGGACGGGAAAAUAUACCUGCGGAGCUACAGGUGUUUGUUGAAGAAGUCGGGCUGCAGGACUCCACGCAUCGAGCUGGAGGAGAUGGGCCCCUCCUUUGACUUGGUGGUCAGGAGAACUCACCUGGCUUCUGACGACCUGUACAAGUUAGCCCACAGACAGCCCAAGGCUCUGAAGCCCAAGAAGAAGAAGAACAUUUCCCACGACGUGUUCGGUAGCAAGUUUGGCCGAGUGCACAUGCAGAAGCAGGAUCUGUCCAAGCUGCAAACACGCAAGAUGAAGGGUCUGAGGAAGAGGGGAGGGGUGGUGCAGGAGGACGGGGAACAGGACCAGGAACCUUCCAAAGUGGCCAAACUGGAGACUUGACAACCAAAGUCUGUAAAUGUCCACUUUUCUUCAAUAUUAUCCAUUUGAUGUGAGACAGUCACACUUGUGGAAGACACGUCCUCCAUGAAUGGAUGUGUUAUGUGUGAGGAAACAGACGUUUUAUCUUCACGCGCCCGCUGAAAGUAUUUCUUAUUGCAAGUCAUGGAUUAAACACCCUCAGUCCAGA